ACCGCCUGUGCCGCCUGGCCGCCUUCCUCGACACCUUUCUGGCUGCCAACUCGAUGCUUAGCAUGGCCGCGCUCAGCAUCGACCGCUGGGUGGCCGUGGUCUUCCCGCUGAGCUACCGCACCAAGAUGCGUCUCCGCGACGCCGCACUCAUGGUGGCUUACACGUGGCUGCACGCGCUCACCUUCCCGGCGGCCGCGCUCGCCCUGUCCUGGCUCGGCUUCCACCAGCUGUACGCGUCCUGCACGCUGUGCAGCCGGCGACCCGACGAGCGCCUGCGCUUUGCCGUCUUCACCGGCGCCUUCCACACGCUCAGCUUCCUGCUGUCCUUCGUCGUGCUCUGCUUCACGUACCUCAAGGUGCUCAAGGUGGCCCGCUUCCACUGCAAGCGCAUCGACGUGAUCACCAUGCAGACGCUCGUGCUCCUGGUGGACAUCCACCCCAGUGUGCGGGAACGCUGUCUGGAGGAGCAGAAGCGGAGGCGGCAGCGCGCCACCAAGAAGAUCAGCACAUUCAUAGGGACAUUCCUCGUGUGCUUUGCCCCCUAUGUGAUCACCAGACUGGUGGAGCUCUUCUCCUCGGCACCCAUUGGCUCCCACUGGGGGGUUCUGUCCAAGUGCUUGGCCUACAGCAAGGCUGCCUCUGACCCUUUUGUGUACUCCCUGCUGCGACAUCAGUACCGAAAAAGCUGCAAAGAGAUUCUGAACAGGAUCCUCCACAGACGCUCCAUCCGCUCCUCAGGCCUCACAGGCGUUGGAAUACCCCAGUCUUCAUUUUCUCAGGCUCAUCUGGGAGAAGGACUCUUAAUCCUUGCCAUCUGGAUAUGCAUUGUCCUUCUGAUGAAGCUCCUGGCAGAAGGUAAAUCUCUCCCUCUCCCAUGGUAUCUUGAGCUAUGGAUGACAGCAGACAAGAUCAGCUAUGUAUUCUCCCCAUUGGAGGAAGUUGGGAGGUUCUACUCUGUCUAAUAUCCAGUGCAAGAACCAUCACUUCCUGUAAAUGAAAGGAAAAUUGCUUAAAUGCUAUCCUUAGAGCUCCUGGGGUCUCCAAGUCCUGAGAACAUCUAGGUCCAAUUUUUUGCAUACCUUGUGUUUCCAUAAAUUUAUUUUUUGGUGGCUGUACAAAGUGAGGUAGGAGGACACACACCAUUUGUUGCUUUGGUCAUCCAAACAGUGCCCAGUAGACAACAAAAGGAAGCUGCAUUAAGAAAAUCCAAUGUGUGUGCCAGCUCGUUUAGUAUCCCACAAGGAAAUGUACUCUGCACAUUCCAAGAAUACUUUUGGAAACCAGGAUUUAGAAAAAUGUAAAAAAUUCAUUCCUGGGGACAGAAUGAUCUGCAAAUGUUCGGCUUCUGCACAGUGUUGUGAUUCCUUAAUAUCAGAUUCAUGGAAAGAUGGGUGGGACAUCUGUGUGUUUGUGUUGGAGCAAAUGCACUCAUAAAUGUGUGUGCCCAUAACUCUAUGUGCCCGUGAGGGUAUACAUACAGAUGAAUGAUCAUAAACACAAACAGCGGCACACUGAGUACAAAGCAAACGAAGCAACAGUUUAGUGUCUUCUUAACAUUUGACAUUAUAGCUUUAACCUGACUUUCUUCUAAUUUAUAAAAUAGAAGUAAGGCUCCACUUAUUUUUUUAAAAUGUUCCCAGAAGAAGCUCUUCCGAUGUGGCAAUAUUACCAUUCAUGGGAUACACCUGCCCACAGCUGUUUUCUUUUGAAGUAGGACUCAAGAUUUUUUAAUCCAAGGCCAGUGCUGCCUGCUCUGUUUACAAUGGCUUGUGUUUUGUGAAUACAUGUCAAAUGUUGUAAUAUAUUUUUAUGAUAGAAUCGAUGGUGACUUCAGGGGGAAAAUAUAUAUUGUGAUCCUGUCCAAUAAAGACUCCUGUUAUAAAAU